UUUCGUAAACACACCAAAUAUUUAAGUAAGCCACGCCCCCUUAUCUAGCAAACGCAAUGGCAACUUUGUUAAUGCCAACUGUCUGGAAAUGACAAAAAGAUCAGAAAGAUACAUGUGAAAAAUAUUUAAUGGACUUUAAAAUGAUUAUUUUUUGUUGAAAAUAUGGCAAUGAGUGGAUUUAUGGAGUUUUUUCAGAAGGGCAAGACGUUUCGGCCCAAAAAACGUUUUACAAGAGGCACAAUGCGAUAUUCCUUACAUAAACAAGCCCAGGCUAGCCUUUCAUCUGGUAUAAAUUUAAGAAGUAUAGUUCAAGUGCCAGAAGGUGAAGAUCCUUUAGAUUGGAUGGCAGUUCAUGUGGUGGAUUUUUUUAAUCGCAUUAACCUGAUUUAUGGAACUGUAUCUGAUUAUUGCACAAGCAAAACAUGUCCUACGAUGUCUGGUGGACCACGGUAUGAAUAUUUAUGGCUUGAUCAUGAAAGUGCUUGGUAUAGACAAGCAAAAGCUGUUCCUGCCCCAAAAUAUAUAUCAUUGUUAAUGGAUUGGAUAGAAACAAAAAUCAAUAAUGAAGCAAUAUUUCCUGUUUCAACAGAUAUACCAUUUCCAAAAUCAUUUAUGUGCCUCUGUCAAAAAAUUAUGACACGUUUAAAUCGAGUUUUUGUACAUGUUUAUAUUCAUCAUUUUGAUAGGAUUGUUAGUAUUGGUGCUGAGGCUCAUGUUAAUACCUGCUAUAAACAUUUCUAUUAUUUUAUUCGAGAAUUUGAUUUAGUGUCAGCCAAUGAACUCGAACCCUUGGCUGAGAUGACUGCUCAUAUUUGCAAAGAACAACCAGGAGUCUAAUCAUAAUGAUUGUUUCUAAUCGACUUAAAUCAUUUAUAUCAAGAAGGGCAUUUUGUGUAUGUGUGUGUAUUUUUUUUAUUAUUAAAUUUUAUACAUAUGGUUUUCAUCAAUGAUCUGCCGGUCUGAGAAGUUUAUAUGAAUCAACAUUUUAUUGUCAAAUUAUAAUAUUUUUCAAGUUUGUCAGAUUUUGCUAUAACUAAUUGAAAAUCAAAACAAAAAUGACUUAAAAACUUUUUAUGGGAUCACAUUAAAUAUGCUGCGGUUAUAAUAAGAACAUUAAUUUAUAAGAG